AUACAUUAGUAGUGUACAGCAGGUACGGCACAUACGGUCGUAUUGCUCGCCGUAUGCCGUCCACCGUUUUUGAUUAUCAGUUUAUCCAAUAAUAAAUAUAUAUAUAUAUAUAUAUAUAUAUAUCACGUGAUAUUCUAUCACGAGGUUACAGUCUAGUAACGCAUGUUUGUCGCUACGCCUUCGACUGCUACAUGUAAAUAUAGCCAUGGCCUCCUCUAACCGCGGUAUCCAAAUCGGCUCCGGCUGGUUCCAGACCAAGAUUAAUCUCAGACCGCAGCAUCGGGGCGUUCACCUUGUUACCGAGGAAAUCCUCAGGCAGGUCCCUGAACUCUGUCAGUUUUCCAUUGGUCUCUGCCAUAUUCAAAUUCUGCACACUUCAGCUAGUUUAGCAUUAAAUGAGAGUUGGGAUCCAGAUGUGAGAGACGAUAUGGAAAUGAUGCUUAAUAAAAUAGUUCCUGAAGGCUUGGAAUAUAGACAUAGCUGUGAAGGGCCUGAUGAUAUGCCGGCACAUGUAAAGGCUUGUUUUUUGGGCUCAUCGCUAAGCAUCCCAAUCACUGAUGGUAAACUGGCGCUAGGCACAUGGCAGGGCAUUUGGUUAGGCGAACACCGCGAUCAUGCUGGCAGUCGCAAGCUCGUGAUAACGCUAACUGGUGUUCUAAGGGAUUCAGCGCGUAGCCCUCUCAGCCCAGUCAGCCCUAUUGCUUCUACCAGCAGCUAGGACCACUCGCAUCCUCAAAGGCGUGGCAAGCGUCAGUUGUACGUGUCCACCUCGAGUGAAUCAAGCUAGCAGCCGCUACAAGCGCUAGUCGACUUAUAAAAGUACAAUCUAUUGAGGAAGAAUAAGUUGGAUACCUCGCAAAUUUAUCCAUCCACGUGGAUCGUGGACAAAAAUUGAUAUCGCACUGUUCAUGACACUUUUGUGCGUAUAUAUGUGUUUUAAAGUAGUUUUGUUCAUGUUUUUGACAUCAUUCUGCAGGAUAUCUCUUUUUUUCAUUAAGAGGUUGAGUCUUUGGAGCUGUUACAAGAGUUCUCUAGUAAAAAGAAAUUGAAAAUGAUACGAUAUAAACUUUUGAGUUUAUAUCAAUGUAAUUUGCAAGUUGGAAACCAAAAUUUUAAGCAAACUUUUUGCUUAAAAAGUUACAUUAUUAAUUAGAUAAAAAAAGGUCAAAUCUGAUAUUCAAAAACACAAAAACUAACUUAAAAGUUUUUUCAGUUUCAAAAAUAUUGGAUUUUAAAGGCUUGAAAGAGUUUCAAAAUUUGUGGAAUUUUUUCAUGGAAAUUAAUCUUUUUAUAAGAAUUUAAAAUGUUUCUUUUUUCCUGGUUUCUUAAACUCACACUUUCUCGUGAUAUACAUUUGCGAUAUUCAAUAAUAAUAGUAAUACAAUAAUAAUAAUAAUAAUAAUAAUAAUAAUAAUAAUAAUAAUAAAAGACGCAAAGGAAUAUAAAGAGAUAGAAAAAAAAAAAUGAAAAAACUGCCACUGCGUAUGCGCGCAUUGUACGCGUCUUUUAUAAACAAAACGAAUUAAAUGCGAGUAUCCAGCGCUCUUCCACCUCGCUAUUAAAAAAAGAAGACAGCAGAAGAGGGGAAAGAUACGCUCUAAGGAAAGCAUUUAGAAAAAAAAGACAGAGGAAAGAAUGAAUGAAUCUAUGCAUUCCGAUAACGCGUCCAAUACUCCGAAUUUAUGUAGUUUUAUUUAGAGAAUCCUUUUGUAUAAAUGAAGUUAACGAAUACAAGCAACCACAUGCAAAAAUUUGCAUCCUUUUUUACACUCUGCUACCUUUAGGCUGUCCUAAAAUGAGAAACAGAAAGAGGAAUAAGAAAGAGAAUAACAAGAAUAAGAGACUAUAAGGUACGAAAUUUUAUGACUUUCUUGCGAACUUUCUAACUUGUCGCUUUAAAAAUGAGCUAAAUCGUUCGCGAACAAUAUUUCUAUGCAUUAGAAAUGUGUAUAUGUAUAUAAGAAAAAGAGCAAUUCUCUGCCGUUGGGCGUGUUUCUAGAAUUAUAAGAUAUGUUAUAUCAUGGGCACAUAGCGCGAUUACAUUUCCUAUGUGAAUUAUAGCAUAUAAAUGUCACAAAAUUUGAGCAUAAAAAUAUUACACUUUUGUGAGAGACUAAGUAAUAAAAGUGUGCAAUUUUUUAUUCUGUGCAAGCUUUUAAAUAUAUUAACUUAAAAUUUUUUUUAUCAAUCAUGAAUUGAGGAGUUUUCUAUCCUUGGGUCAUGUAAUAUAAUGAUAUUAAUGAUUGUAUACAUUAAUCCAUUAUUGAUGCUUCAUAAAAGAUUAUGCACUAACUACUAUGAAUAGAGAUAAAGAAAUUUUAAAUCAUAUCAUAUUUAGAAAGGUAUUAAUCAAAAGCAUGGAAUUAAAAAAUGGCAUAUGCUUUUGUUAUUGAAUUUACUACAAACUUUCCUGUUAAAAAUUUUUAUGCUUAAAUUUUGUAAUAUCCUGUGUAAUUGAAGCAAUGUUAUUAUAUACUGAAACAGUUAAUUGCAUCAACAUCAAUCACUUUUUUCAUGUUUGUAUUAUAGCAACUAUAAUGCUCUGUUAAGUCAAAGAACUCAAUGUUCUAUUGUUAUCCAAUAUUAAAAUUUUUACAAAUUAUGUAAAAUUAAAUUGUUUUGUUCUGUCAAAAUGCCAUUUAAUUUAUAAUCAUUAGACAUUCUUUAUAUUCUUCUUAUUCAGAAAUUUGAAGCAUUCUCAAUUUAUAUAUAUAAUUAAUCUAAUAAUAAGAAACAAAUUUUUUAAACUAUUUUUUAAUAUCAAAAUUUAAUUUUUAAUUACAAAAAAAUUGAAUUGAUGAUUUGCCAUUGUUAUCUGCAGUUUUAAAAUUCAGUUGAAAAAUAUAGUGUGCAAUUUACUUAUAUAUUUUCUGAAGUAUUGAGAAAUCUAAUCUUAAUAUUAAUCUUUCUUUGUUCCGCCUACUAAAUUAUGGCAUCUUAAAAAUGAGAAAUUACGAGAAUCAUUUCAUAAGUAAUGCAAAAUGUGAUAAUGCUGCAUACUGGAUAAUGCAAUUACAACGAAAUUUUUGGAUAAUUGUAGUGGAGAACCUGAGGAAGCGAUACGUGAUUUAAAAACUUCCCUAAUGUUCAUUGUGAAUUGACGAGAAUUUGCUAGAAAUGGCUUCUGCAGACGCUUCAGAUACUGUGAUGCGUGAAGAUCAACGAUCAUUAAAAUUGGCCACUUCAUGUGGCCAAAAAUUUAGUUAGGAUUCUAUCAUCCAUGGCAUUACCAUAUUGUGCAUUUAUUUAUGAAAUGACUCUCGUAUAUAUAAAUUUUUAUAUUAUAUCUUGAAUUAAAUUAGUUUUAUCAUAUUUUUGAUAACAUAUAUCUGUCAAAUAUCAGGGUCAGAGAGAAAUAAAUAAACUCUUUUCUUUCAAUUCAUAGAUAAGUAGUAAAUAACUUUUUUUAAAUCUUGUUGCCAUAAAAAUUAUUUUCAUUGAAAAAUUUGGAUACAUAGAUUAAAUAUAUAUUAUUUAUUUAUUAUAUAGUAUAAUCAGGAAAGGAAUUUUUUAUUUUUAUAUUUUAGCAAUUUAUAUUAUUAAACUAAAUUCAGAUUUUAAAAAACUAAUUUUUUUCGACGAAUGUAAAGAAAAAAUUUAUUUUAUUCUUCAAAUAUCAUAAUUUAAUAUAGAUAUAGUAAGGAAUCAGCAAUUUAAAGAUUAUAUUAAGAAAUACUUUCCUCAAAUUUUGAAGAAACUAAAUUAGAUUUUAUAUAUUUUAUUCUUACUUAUCAGAAUUUCUUAUUUACUGAAAAAAAUGAUAUUAAAGAAUGACUUUUCUCAAAUUUUGAAGAAAGUAAGUUAAUCACUUACAGCUUAUUGUACUGAAUUCUUUAAUUUUAUAGGAAAAAGCGCUGGAAUAUAACUGUUAAAUAUAACUGUUGGUGCAAUUGACUUUUAUUUAUUAAAAAAUCAAUUCUAAAGUUCAUAAAUAUAUCAAAGCAUCAUUUUAAAAAAUUGAGCACUGCAAUGUAUUGUUGAUUCAUCAUGGCGAUCAAAUGGUGUCACUUCCAGGAGAAAGUUUUCUUUGCACUUUUAACUUUUUGGAAAUGUGGAAAAUUCUAGUCAUUUUUAGUUAACAGAACUUUGAAUUUUUGGAUGCAAAUAUAAAAAUAUCUGCAUUUUCUUUUCUAUUCCAAAGAUCAUUGGCGCAAGAAAAUGUCGAACAAAUCUUUGGGAUGAACAGAGCUACUUACAUAAUGUUAUUCGAUGCUUACUAUGAACUUGUUGCAGCGUGUCAUCGAAACGAAGAGACAGGCAAGACAAGUGUUGUCGUUUAGUCAUUAAUUCUUAAUAUAUAUAUAUAGACAUGCAAAAAGAAAGAAAAACGCGUCGUCCAUUAUGUGAUUAAAUGGAUCUGUGCUUUAAAGUAUGUCUCUAUCUACAGUUCACAUAGCUUGAAAAGACAUUAUCGGAGCUCAAAAUAUAAUGUAAUAUAAUGUGAUGUAAGGUACACUGUCGAGGUCAUAUAUGUUGUCCCUUCGAAUACAUAAAACGAGGGCAUGGAAGAUACAAGGAAAAAUUCAUAUGCACAAAAUGAUAUCUUUUCGUGAUAUCUUUUUUUUCUACGGUAUCUAACGUGUCCUCAUAAAUGCAACUUUAGGUUCGACAGCCAGUCAUGUGCCACAUACAGUUUGUGGUUUAAAAUGAGGCGAUUAGCAUUUUAAUCUGUACACACAUGCAUAUUGUAAAUAAUAACGGUUUGCUGAACUCAAAACAAAGAUGCGUUAGGCGAAAUCUUAAAAGGUGCUAUAUACUUAUAUAGCGCGUCUAUGGAACUCCAGUUUCUCUCUCUCUCUCUCUCUCUCUCUCUCUCUCUCUCUCUCUCUCUCUCUCUCUCUUCAAAGAUUGUAAUUUUCAAAUUUGUAAUUUGCAUAAAUCUUUUGAUUCUUUCAAUCUUUCAGACGUUCAAAGUGGCAAUUUUUUCAAAAAAAUAAUUUUUGAAAUCUUUGGAAUAACUUUGGAAAACUUUAAAUUCUCAGAGAUUUCUCUUAUACCUAGAAAAAAUCAGGGAAUUCUCAAGCAAUUUUAUUAGACCUCAGGAAUUUAAAAAAAAUCUCUGAUAAUUUUGCUUUCAUAUUUUAAACAAAUAGUAAGCAAAAUAAAUUUCGCGUUUAAAAUAUAUUAUAAAUACUAUUCAGGGUUGGGAACGUUAUUCUAUAAAAGUAACGCGUUACGGUUACCGUUAUUU